AUGUAUCCUACACCCCCUCUAACCGCCUCUGUUGCGUCGGAAGAUGGCGAUUCUUCUGGCGUGUCGGCCUGCCCCCGAGACGGCCUCAUCGCUGCGGAUGGCCCUCGUACAAACGCAUUCCCCCGGAUUUCGAGACCUGUGGAGCUUAUGCGAGAUUCCUAUGACUGCAUCGUCAUAGGUUCCGGCUAUGGAGGCUCCGUUGCCGCAUCACGUAUGGCCAGAGCAGGCGAGUCCGUUUGCUUGCUGGAGCGAGGAGAAGAGAGGUGGCCUGGUGAAUAUCCUACGACUACCAUGGAAGCAAUGAGGCAGUUCCGUCUUACGGGAGACUUUACUCCGAGCUCCUUUGGUGGAGUUGGCAUUGAUAGCGGAAACACCACCGGCAUGUACCAUCUGUUCUUUGGACGCGAUCAGAGUGCCCUUGUUGGCAAUGGUCUGGGUGGCACAAGCCUCAUCAACUCGAAUGUCUUUCUUGAAGCAGACGAAGACGUUCUCAGAAUGGGCUUUUGGCCCCCUGAGAUACGAAACGACCCAACCGGUCUGGAUAGAUGCAAGUCACUGCUGUUUUAUUAUCAAAAGGUCAGGGACAUGCUUGAGCCAGAACCGUAUCCAGAAGAAUGGCCAGCACUCAGGAAGAUGGAAGUCUUCAACCAUCAGGCCAAAGUUCUCGGGUUGGAUGACAAGCUCCGCAGAGUCCCUCUUACAACUCGCUUCCGAUCUGGGCCCAACAGCUCCGGCGUCCCUAUGAAGGCAUCAACGCUCACUGGACAAGAUACCACCGGCGUCAACGAUGGAUCAAAGACCACCACCCUGGUGACAUAUCUAGCCGACGCGUGGAACUGGGGUGCCGACAUGUUCUGCAAGUGCGAGGUGCGGUACGUUGAAAAGGUCCAAGAUGAUCGGGGGGGUUAUCUCGUCUACUUUGCUUGGCAUGGCCGUGGCCGCAGCCGCUUCUCGGAGGAUGAUACCUAUGGCGACUUGAUGUGGGUGCAUGCAAAGAAGGCCGUGUUCCUCGGAGCCGGUGCGAUUGGCACGACGGAGAUUCUGCUACGGAGCAAGCAGAUGGGUCUGAAUAUGAGUGACUGGGUUGGCCGCGGGAUGAGUGGCAAUGGAGACAUUUUGGCCUUUGGACACAAUUGCGAACAGGAGGUGAAUGCUCUGGGAACGCCAUCGCCGGAUCCUGCAAACCCCGUCGGCCCAACCAUUACUUCUGCCAUUGACAACCGAAAGGGCCACGAGAAUCCACUGAACGGCUUCAUCAUCCAAGAGGGAGCCAUGCCGCAAGCCUUUUCCCAGUUGCUGCAGUGUAUGCUGGAUCUGAUGCCGGGCAGCCAUGCCCCUGAGAUGCCGCUUCUUCAGCGAGCCCGGCAGGCCAUGGGCGUGUGGAAAAGCAGACUGCUCGGGCCCUUUUCGAAGUCGGGGACGCUAGGCAACACUCAGGUCUUCUUGAUCAUGUCUCACGAUGGGAGCCAAGCAACUCUAAGUCUGAAAAAUGACAAGCCCGUCCUAGAGUUUAUCGGAGUAGGGAAAAGCGACCGAGUCAAGAGAUUCAAUGCCCUACUCGAAAAAGCCACAGAUGCCGUCGGCGGCACGCUGGUGUACACUCCCUUUUACAACCUCAUGAACAAGCAGCAGAUCACGGCGCAUCCUCUUGGUGGCGCGCCAUUGUCUCGGGACAACACGGGAGCGAACGGCGCAACAAAUCACUUGGGUCAAGUCUUUGUCGGCAACGACACCUCAGAGACCCAUGCCGGCUUGAUCGUGACAGAUGGCGCCCUCAUUCCUGCCGCGAUCGGAGUGAAUCCGCUUGCAACUAUCGCGGCCCUGGCGGAGCGAACAGUCGAAGCGUAUGCCAGAGCGAAUGGCCUCAUCAUCAACGAAGCCAAGAACGAGGUCUUAGACCUCUUCGGCGAGCCAGCCCACAAGCCCAGAGACCGACGCUCUUCCGAGGUCCCUGACCAAAUACUGAGCAUGGCUGAAGUGCUCCCGCUGAAGAGCAUCGAGUUCACGGAGCUCUUGUCUGGCUUUAUACACAGAUCCCCGCCAGACGCGGCAGUCGAUGACACGGCCGCGUUCGAGUCUGCCUUUCGCGCUGCCAAAGGUGGCGGCGAGGUUGGAAGAUUGCUAGUCAGCGCGACAGUCUUUGACAGCACCAGCCUCCGAAAUGAGUCUCAACCCAGCGGUAUGCUCACGGGUACUUUUGUCUGCCCAAGCAUAGAAGGGUCGCCGUUCAUGAUACUGAGGGGAGAGUUGGGGUUGUUCAAGAGAAGCCAAAGAGUCUCAGGAACCAGCAGGUUGACUUACGACUGCAAUAUGGCGGGUGCCAACGGCCGACGCCUUCGGUUUCGUGGCUACAAGGUUGUUGAUGCCUCUGUGUCUUUGAACCCUCUCCAGCUGUGGCGCUCUACCACAACACUGUAUGUUACCAUCACGGAAAAGGCCAUUGGGAAACAAGGCGGCAUCAACACUGAUCAGGAGCUUGACUUUUCGGACGACGAUAUCACCGAUUACUACGAAGAUAUACCCAUCUAUGCCAGCGAGAAGCUGGUCGCAAGAGGCAUCCUACAUCUACGCCCAAUGGACUUUGUGUCGGAGAUGAUGACACUCACUGCUGCUGGCAGCAGUCUCCUCGACAGAGCCAUGAAUAUGUCCAGCUUCAUGUCCUUCUUCACCACCAAGUCUCUGUCGCACUUUUUGACGCCCCUCAACAGCCUCGAGUAUCCGGAGCAGGGGUUUGUGUCGUAUAUGAACUAUACGCCUCCGUCACAGACUUAUGCCAUCGUUGCUAUUGAUGGUGUCGAAACUGAGCUGCACAUGUGGGAGCCAAGCCCAGGUGCUGUUGCUACUGACUCACGAGGCUCUCCCGUCAAGAUUGAGAAUCUCUUCAUGAUUCCCGGUGCCUCUGUUGACCAUCAGAUCUUUGCUCUGCCGACCAUCCCUUUCAACGCGAUCAAUUACUUUACACGAGCUGGCUAUCGCGUCUUUGUUACUGUGCAUCGAAUUUGCCAGUUGAGGUCCACGCGCAAGCAAACGUGGACAACGUACGAUUCGAGGCUCGAUAUCAAGUCCUGCCUUGAGAAGAUUCGGAGCAUUUACGGCAGUCGAAAGAUCUACACCAUUUCCCACUGCAUGGGAUCCGUGUCUUUUGCUUGCGGUCUCCUUGACGGGGCCAUUCCAUCCGACUGGAUUCUGGGAAUCACCUGCAGUCAGGUGUUUAUGAAUCCGAUAUGGAACACUAUGAACAUGAUCAAGGCAACUUCGCCCGUGGCUUUGGAUAGAAUGUAUAGCUCUGUGCUUGGAGACUGGCUGGAGUUCAACACGCUAACUGAAGACUCUGUUGCACAGCGAGUUUUGGAUCAGAUGCUUCGCUUUUACCCGGAAAAGAGAAAGGAAAUGUGCAGUAAUGCUGCUUGUCAUCGCACAACAUUGCUUUUUGGGCGUUGCUGGAGUCACCGGAACCUUAACGAGGCGACUCAUCGGAAUAUUGAUCGUUUCUUUGGCGGAGCGAGCAUGAACCUGAUUAGCUUACUGAAGCGAAUCGGGAGCCGCGGAGAGGUGAGCACGAAUGCUCCCGAGCAUGAGGAGCUUACGGGGCCAGAGAACGUGGAGCGCCUCCGAGGCAUUCCCUUCCUGUUCUUCACCGGCCAGGACAGCGGCGUCUUGUCCCCGAGAUCUACGGAGGUGACGUACGAGCGCCUGAUUGAUGCCUUUGGGAUAUCUGCUGGCCUUCCCGGCGGAGGCAUCCAGUAUAGACGGCGAGUCGUUCCGGGCUAUGGCCACUUGGACUGUUGGAUGGGGCGCAACGCAUGGCGGGAUGUUUUUCCAUUUGUUCGCGAAGAGAUUGAUCGAGUCGUCCGAGGCGAGUCGUAUCGAUUUCGCCAGCCUAAUGAUCGAUUCAAGCGUUUUGCGGAGGACAUUGAGCUGCAUUAG